AUGGCGGAACCACAGAUCGCAUAUGCGCAGGACGAGUACGGCCGACCGUUCAUCGUGGUGCGCGAGCAGGGCAAGAAGACGCGCGCCAACGGCAUCCAGGCGAUCAAGAACCACAUUGCGGCGGCCAAGACGGUGGCCAACAUCCUCAAGACGUCGCUCGGCCCGCGCGGCCUCGACAAGAUCCUCAUCAGCCCCGACGGCGACAUCCAGGUCACCAACGAUGGCGCCACCAUCAUGAACAACAUGGAGCUCGACCACCAGGUCGCCAAGCUGCUCGUCGAGCUCAGCAAGAGCCAGGACGACGAGAUCGGCGACGGCACCACCGGCGUCGUCGUGCUCGCAGGCGCCCUCCUCGAGCAGUCCGAGGCGCUCCUCGACCGCGGCAUCCACCCCAUCCGCAUCGCCGACGGCUUUGAGCGCGCAUGCAACCUCGCCGUCCAGGAACUCGAAAAGGUCGCCGACACCGUCGACUUUGACCGCGACAACAUCACCGAGCUCAUGAAGGUCGCCAAGACCUGCCUCGGCAGCAAGAUCGUCAGCAAGGCCUCGGACAAGUUUGCCAAGAUCGCCGUCGACUCGGUGCUCUCGGUGGCCGACCUGCAGCGUCGCGACGUCGACUUUGAGCUCAUCAAGGUAGACGGCAAGGUGGGCGGCGGACUCGAGGACACGCAGCUGGUGCAAGGCGUGGUGAUCGACAAGGACAUGUCGCAUCCGCAGAUGCCGCGCGUCGUCAAGGACGCCAAGAUCGCCAUCCUCACGUGUCCCUUUGAACCGCCGCGUCCCAAGACCAAGCACAAGCUCGACAUAACCUCGGUCGAGGAGUACCGCAAGCUGCAGGACUACGAGCGCACCAAGUUCGAGGAGAUGAUCAAGCGCGUCAAGGACUGCGGCGCCAACCUGGUGGUGUGCCAGUGGGGAUUCGACGACGAGGCGAACCAUCUGCUGCUGCAGCACGAGCUGCCGGCGGUGCGCUGGGUGGGUGGACCGGAGCUCGAGCUGAUUGCGAUUGCCACCAACGGCCGCAUCGUGCCGCGCUUCGAGGAUCUGUCGCCCGAGAAGCUCGGUCGGGCAGGUGUGGUGCGCGAGGUGGGAUUCGGCACGACCCGCGACCGCAUGCUCAUCAUCGAGGAAUGCGCCAACACGCGCGCCGUCACGGUAUUCGUCCGCGGUUCGAACAAGAUGAUCAUCGACGAGGCGAAGCGCGCCUUGCACGAUGCCAUCUGUGUGGUGCGCAACCUUGUCGUGGACAACCGCGUGGUGUACGGUGGCGGUGCGGCGGAGAUCUGUGCGAGCGUGGCGAUUUCCAAGGCGGCCGACGAGAUUGCGUCGCUGGAGCAGUACGCCAUGCGUGCGUUUGCCUCGGCGCUCGACGCGAUCCCGCUGGCGCUGGCGGAGAACUCGGGCUACUCGCCCAUCGAGACGCUCGCCGAGGUCAAGAGCAGACAGGUCACCGAGCAAAACCCCAAGCUCGGCAUCGACUGCAUGGGCGCCGGCGACAACGACAUGAAGAACUGCCGCGUGUUCGAUCCGCUCGUCUCCAAGCGCCAGCAGCUCCUCCUCGCCACGCAGCUCGUCCGCGCCGUGCUCAAGAUCGACGACGUCAUCGAACAGCACAACAUCGAGUAG